AUGCUCGUCAUUGUUGCGGGAGGGAGAAAGGAUAUGGGGAUUGACGAUCUGGUUCAGAGAAGGGAAGAAGAAAUAACCAGAGGGAAUAGCGGCGGCGAAGAACUCGGCAAUCAGAGAAGCAGUCCGCCGCAGGCUAAAACCGUGCCACCAGAUCGAGUUCCUCUUGUCCAAACCGACGGCCGGAGAUCGAGUUCUUCUUCUCCAAGGUUGGGAAAGGAAUAG